AGAAUCGAAUCUCGUUUGAAAAAAGAAAAAUUACGUGAUUUUCGGCUUAAAGAAAAGUGUGAGCGUGAGAGAGAGUCGGGUUGGGUCCUAGAAGAAGCAUCGAGUCACGCAUGGGAUACACUGAGAAAGUCUGCUUCUCCAACCUCUGUUAACAUUUCACAAUGAAGCUUCAAUGUGGGUUCAUUACAGAAUUUGGUUGCUUGAAGGAGGGGUUUUGAUAUAAUUCGAUGAUUUAGGUGAAAAAGUAAUAUGGAAAUUGGAAAUUUCAGGGUUUGGCCUCUCACUCUUGGUGGGUUUCAUUGAAUUUGAAGGUACGAAUGAGAUCUUGAUGAGGGUCCGAACCAGUUUCUUUGUACUGCUCGCAUUGCCAUGUCUGUUUUCUCUUCCAUUUCUAAAUGCUCAGUCAUGGCCAUCACCAAAUUCUUCUUUAUCAGCACGCUCAUUGGAUGCCCUUCUCCAGGACUAUGCCUUUAGGGCCUUCAUUAGGCCAAGAACUGGUGUACCCUACGAUGGGAAAGUUCCUUCUAACCUAACAGGAAUUAGCAUUGCGGCGUUAAGGCUUAGGAGUGGUAGUUUGAGAAUCAGAGGCGUUGAUAGCUAUAAGGAGUUUCAGAUCCCAACUGGGGUUGUUGAACAACCUUAUGUGGAGAGGCUUGUGUUGGUAUAUCACAACUUAGGCAAUUGGUCUGAUCAUUUUUACCCUUUACCUGGUUACACUUAUUUAGCUCCUGUUUUUGGUCUGUUAGCCUAUUCUGCUGCAAAUUUGUCUGCAACUGAGUUGCCUGAACUGGACAUAAGAGCAUCUGAUCAGCCAAUUUUGAUCAAGUUCCCGGAUGUGAAGAAGCUGAAGCAGCCACACUCUGCAUCACCAACAUCACCAUCACCCAAAUGUGUGUACUUUGAUUUAAACGGUUCAGUUCAAUUUGACAUACUAUUACCCGGAAAUGUGUGUUCAACAGGUCAACAGGGGCACUUCUCCAUAGUUGUGGAAGAGUCUGAAUCUCCAUCUCCUUCACCGUCACCAGCACCUUCUGCUUCUGGUGGAGUCCCAAGUGAAGAAGGUCAUGGGAUGAAGAAGAAGAAGAAGAAGAAGUCUUAUAUUGCAUGGAUAGUUGUUGGAUCUGUGGUUGGUGGGUUGGCUUUGUUGGUAGUGUUGUAUCUUGUGGUUGUUAGGUUUAGGAGGUCCAAGGAAGCGAUGAGGAUACAGGAAAUGGAAUGGGCUGCAGAUAGCAGUGAAACCUUGCACAUGGCAUCCAUUGGAGGAGGGGCCAAAGCACCUCUGGCUAUGGGGACUCGUACAAGACCAGUCAUAGAAACUGACUAUGUUCCUUAGGAUCUCUGACUCUUUAUUCUUGCAGCAGCAUUGUUUGGUUUCUUCUUCUUAUUACCUUCACUGGGAUUUUGAUUUUUCUGUUCAUAAUGAGCCCUCAUGCUCAAGUUCAGUUCAGUUCAGCUUUCUUGGUUGUAAUCUGUUUGAGUUCUUUCUUUCAUUCUCUUCUGCUUACAUUGGCAUGAGGUAGGAUCCUUUCUUCUAUGUUACAAUAACACUCUUCUGUGAAAAAAGUUAUCAGAUCCAUUGAGCUACUUAGAA